UAAAUUGAUACUGCAUGUCAUGGAAGAGGUCAGACGACUGUAUAAACGUAUAAACUAGUUUUGUCUAUAUAAACAAAUGACGAGACAGUUUUUACGGCUUAGAACAAAUUUACCAACUAGGAUAAAUGGAUAAUACUGCAAAGACUAACUUUGGAUGAAUGUAGAUAAAUAAAAUACAGAAGAAUAAGAUGGAGAUUCUCACAUUGCUGGCCUUACUUUCUCUAACUGUGCUACACAUAACAGAUGUGAAAAGUUCAGAAAUAAGUCUAACAACUAAAAUCGGAAAUCUAAACGGCAUAAUUGAAAAUGUGGAAUUAAACGGGGACACUAAAAAUGUAUCUCAAUUUCUCGGAAUUCCAUUUGCAAAGCCACCGAUUGGUGAAAGAAGAUUUCUCAGACCUGAAGCUUACGGCACAGUAGCAUCGCCAUAUAAUGCCACGUUCUUCAGACCACACUGCAUGCAAAGUCCAGUUGUGAAUCCGUCUAUCAAAUACUUCCAAAUGAGCGAAGAUUGUUUGCAUUUAAAUGUAUUCAUUCCCGGUAAUACAGCAUCUUCUGAUAAGAAGUAUGCAGUAAUGAUAUUUAUACAUGGCGGUGGAUUUACGUUGAGCGGUUCGGAAAUAUUUUCGGGUGACAAAUUGAGUGCAUUUAACAACGUUAUUGUUGUGACAGUUAAUUAUCGUCUCAAUACGUUUGGAUUUUUAAGUAACGGCACAAAAUCCUCUGGUAAUUUAGGUCUGUGGGAUCAAAGACUUGCUCUCCAAUGGGUUCACGAUAAUAUAGCUGACUUUGGUGGGGACCCAGAGAAAGUCACUUUAUUUGGUAAUUCAGCAGGUGCGGCCAGUGUUUUGUACCAAGUUAUGAAUCCUGCAAACAAAGGACUGUUCUGCCGGAUUAUAACGCAGAGUGGCUCAGUACUGGCUCUAUGGGCACGGCAAUAUAAUCCGGCUGAAAAGUUUAAAGAAUUUAUAUCAGAAAUCAAAUGUAACAGGGAAAGAUACGAUGAAAUUCUUGUUUGUCUCCAAUCAAAAGACGCUGCAGAUCUAGUAACAAACCGUUUCGCUCCAGUUAUAGACAACGAUUUCAUUUUGGAAGACUUUGUUGCAACAUUUUCUAAACAAGGUAAUGACAUACCUUCAGGCUUGGAUUUCUUUUCCGAGGUUGACUUUCUAUCUGGAGUACAGAGUAAAGAUGGUGCAUUCGAUAUAAAUAGGAGAGCGGAACAAUAUAAACAGUUUGGUAUAGAUUUAGCAAACGGGGUAUCAAGGAGUACUUUUGAAAGUAAGAUUGUCCCGUCAAUGCUGUCUGAAGUAUAUGGUUCUACAGAACCACCAGUUUUAAAACAAGCCGUCAUACAGCAAUACAUCGACUGGUCUAGACCUGAUGAUGCUACGUUAAUAAGAGACAAAAUCGUCGACUUUUUUUCGGACGUCUAUUUCUUUGUACCUGCUAUAAAAGUGCUGAAGAAACACCGUUUAUUGAGGAAAACUAACAAAACGUCAUAUUUCUAUGUUUUUGAUCAUAAGUCGUCAUUGGACUUAAGAAAUAUUUGGUUAAAGGGAUCAAACCAUGCCACGGAGUUACCUUAUGUAUUCGGACUCCCGGAUGCAAUGAAAGUUGCGGCAGGGUUGCCUCCGGGUUCGCCAAUAACACUUACCCCGACUGAAAUGAAAUUUUCUAGUGUCGUCAUGAAAUUGUGGACCAACUUUGCAAAAACAGGUAAUCCAAACUUACCGACGAAGGAUGACGUCCAAGAAGUGCCCUCUUGGCCACAGUAUGAUAUCAAUUCGCAGUCAUAUUUGGAGUUUUCGUUAAAUAUGACGACAGAGUCCGUGAAGAACCACUUUUCUGGAUCAAGGAUAGAAUUCUGGACAACUCUUGUUCCGUUGUUAGAGAAUUGUAAAACAUGUGGCGAUCAGAAUUGCUCUCACUCUCGGCAGACUUCACAAGCACAUUCUUUAUCAAAACUCGCUCCAGUACAAGUAGCUCUCUUAUUGUUUGUCCAAAUAUCCAUAUGUAUGACGAAUUAUAUGUAAUUUUUGUUUGUCUUUACUAUUUCCCCUGUUGUUCCCUAUUGGAUCAUUCUUUUUUUCUUUUCUUCUUUACUUCUUCUUCUUCGUCUUCUUAUUUUUACUUAUUAUUAUUAUUUUUAUUAUAAUUAUUAUUAUUAUUAUUAUAACUAUUAUUUUUAUUAUUAUUCAAACAUUUAGAAGUUUCGCUUCAGUUUUGUUAUACCUAGACCAGAAUAAAAAAAAUGUGUUGAAGGUUAUGAUUGUCGAGAACGCUUAAGAAAAUGAUCAUUAGGACUAUUAAUCUUUUUAAAAGUAGACUAUAUACAUUAAACAUAUAAAGUGAACGGACAUUAUCAGUAGAAAAAGUUUAAGCAUUUUAUAACCUCAGAAUAUUAUUAUAAGAAGCUUACAACUUUGAGCAGUGUCCUGCGAAAUUAUCCAAUAGUGUCAUGCGAUAGUAUCCAGUGGUGUCAUGCGAAAGAAUACACUGGUGUCAGCAAAGAAUUUAGUGGUUUUUAUUCUGUAUUCUGAUAUCAUUCAUUUUUUGGAUUGAGUUCUAGUGCUUUAAAAGAUGAAGAAAAACAGCCAGACACACAGGCAAAUCCGAAGCUAUUUCAAUGAACCUUUAUCUUCAAAGGGAAUGAUAAAAGCAUAAUGGAUUGGCCUAUUACGUAUCCCAUGGAAAUAUUUUUUUCGCAUUACGCGUCAACGAUGCAAUGUUAUGUAUUUUCCCUACAUGUGAGCUGAUUUUAUUUUAAGUAUAUCAUGAAAUCGCAAAAGAAGUUUCUUUAU